GCCGCCGAGAGGAGUGUGUUGGAAGCAGCUUCUUCCGAGGUCUCGCGCUGUCUUUCUCAAGACAAGGAAACUGUCAGGCAUAAUGUCGACCUUUUACGACCUCACAGCCAAAAGCCUCAAUGGAGACACGCUUAGUUUCUCGUCUCUGAAAGGCAAAGUAGUCCUCAUUGAGAAUGUGGCGUCCCUCUGAGGUACGACCACCAGGGAUUACACCCAGAUGAACGAGCUCCACGAACGGUACGCCAGCAAGGGGCUCGUGAUCCUGGGAGUGCCCUGCAACCAGUUCGGCCACCAGGAGAACUGCAAGAAUGAGGAAAUCCUGCAGUCUCUGAAGUACGUCCGUCCUGGAAAUGGCUUCGAGCCGAAGUUCCCGCUCCUUGAGAAGGUGGACGUGAACGGGAAAGACGCCCACCCCCUGUUUGUGUUCCUGAGGGAGAAGCUCCCCGCCCCCAGCGACGACCCCUCGUCCCUGAUCACCGACCCCAAGCUGAUCAUCUGGAGCCCGGUGUGCAGGAACGACGUGGCCUGGAACUUCGAGAAGUUCCUCGUCGGCUCGGACGGAGUCCCGUUCAAGCGCUACAGCCGGAGGUUCCUGACCAGCGACAUCGAUGGAGACAUCAAGACGCUCCUCGCCCAGGCCAAAUAACCCAGACGGCUUCCUCUCUGCACUAUUCGUCCACAGCUUUGCUACGUACCGUCCAACACUUCCCACGCUGCCUGUGCUCUCCUGCUCCUGAUGGCUGUUUUCCUCUCUUUUUACUGUGUGAAGACCUGCUCUGAAACCAAACUGUGAGGAGUUGGUCUGAUGAAAUGUGAAAAGGAAGGACGUUCUCGGUUCAACGGGUGCACGUAAAGCACAGCUGGUGUGAGGAAAGAUGAGGUCCAAUAAAUGUUUUUAUCACA